GAGAGAAAAAAGGUAAAGGAGUGAGAGAGAGAAAAGAAAACAAGAUAGAGAAAGAGAAAUGCAUCCCUCUCGUGUAAAAUCACCCCUUCCUCUUGAGAGAGAACCCUACUUGUAAAGUAGGGAGCAUGAACAGAGACGUGCGCUAUCCCUCUGUCGUUGUUCCACCCCCCUUCAAAAACGAAACCACCACCACUAGAAGCACAACUACCACCCAGACAAUUUCUCCACCAACACUCUCGUAACAACAUUUGUCCAUACAAUCGGCUCCCCCGCAGCGGGAUCGACACCCUCCCGUCUCUACUCGCACCACUACCAAAGUAUUUCCACCCUAUACACAUAUGCAUCGUCAGCCGCAGCGCAGAGGGGUGAGAGACGCAACAUUGGGGUCCGGAGUGUCGAGAGAGCGCCACCGCUAAGCAGUCGCGCCCCAUUCCGCGUUAUUAGUGCCCAUCCCUGGCAAGGGCCACCACGGGGCCAGGAUCACCAACAAUUUUUUCUUCUUUUAUCUCUAUUUCUCUCUGAUUCUCAUUUGUUACUUCUCCUCCAUUCUCUUUCUCUCUCCUCCCUUCGCCUUACAAAAUUUUACUUCUCCAAGUGUAGUGUGCGUGUGUGUAUUUAUUAUCAAAAAUAAUAAUAAUAAUAAUAAUGGUGACGGAAAAUGGAGAAAGUGUCAAGUGCCGAUGACGAUUUUCCAAUGUCCAUCCUCGACCUGGGUGCCGGCCACAAAAUUUCUUCUCUUCAUUAACGGAAAGCGUGUUAAACGUAGACGCCGGCGUCGAGGCGCUCCUGUUGCUGAACGUACUGUUGCUGCUGCCACUGUCGUCGUCGACGAUUCAUCCUGUUGCUGCGCUCGGGUGUAUGCGCUGCCGCGUGACCUGAGUUCUCAUCAUUAUUUUAAAAAAAAUUCAUACCAUCAGAAUGCCAAGGUGUUUAAUGGCAAAAAAAUGGAAGGCGUAUCCAUGGCCGGACAGAGUCGACGAUGAUCAGGAAAUUACAACUGAGAAUAAUGAUGAUAAUACUGCAGCAAUUGGAAGAGGUCUUGUUGUUGGCGACCAGGUCAAUCUCCAAGAGAAGAGGGACAGAAGUGAGAAUGAGGAGGAGGAAAUCGAUGUUGUUGGCGAUGUUGAUAAUCGACAAGGGACCCAGACCUGUUGGAGCCCACAUAGUCCAACUGCUGGUGCAACUGCUCCAAGUCCACCACCACUAAAUGCAUCUGGUGCACUUUAUUAUCAUGGUUACACGCACGAGGCCUGGAUCAAUCAUGAGGAGCCACCAAAGUACGCCACCCUUCGUUCAGCAGCUGAAUUGGCGAGGCCAGUGGCACCAUCACCACCACCACCACCACCACCUCCUUCGUCACAUCAUUUGGAACAUCAGCUCAACUCAAAUCUCCAAUCACUCACUCUACCACCACGUAAAAGUCUCUCAAUGUGUUUCACCUCAACUGGCACAGCUCUCUCCCUGCCACCAAAAAAGAAGGACAUCUACCGACCCUACAGCCUUCAACCCUCCGAGAUUCGAACAUCUGCCGAAGAAGAUCUCUCAGCAGCUCAGGCAAUUCUCGACCUUAGCGCCUCACCAGCUGCUCCUAAUCAUUCAGUUUUCAUUCACACCAUUCCAUCUGCCGUACCACCACCGCCACCACCACCUCCUCCUUCCGUUCCUCCUGUUCCUCCAGCACCUCAAUCAUCUCAAAUCCCAUCGCAAAUUCCCAUUCCAGUAUCCGUUCUCGUUUCCCCUCAUAAUCUCCCUCAACAGGAGCGUCACGAACAACAAUCGAACGAUGAAAAUUCGAGCAAUUCUAAUAAAACCGUUGCCUAUACAUAUGAGGCAUUUUUUGUUUCCGAUGGACGCUCAAAACGUCGUUCAAGCAGUGCCGCCGUACCCGAGAAAGAACCCGAACAACCCGAAAAGCCAAAAUUCACAUGCACCGAAUGUGGCAAACAAUAUGCGACAUCAUCAAAUUUAUCACGACACAAACAAACGCAUCGUAGUCUCGAUUCACAAUCGGCAAAAAAAUGUAUUCACUGUGGCAAGGCAUACGUGAGUAUGCCAGCAUUGGCAAUGCACGUAUUAACACAUAAAUUAGCGCACAGUUGUGGUGUAUGCGGGAAAAUGUUCUCACGUCCCUGGCUAUUGCAGGGACAUCUUCGAAGUCACACUGGCGAAAAACCAUACGGUUGUGCCCAUUGCGGUAAGGCAUUUGCCGAUCGUUCGAAUUUAAGAGCCCACAUGCAAACUCAUUCGGCCGAUAAAAAUUACGAAUGUUCACGCUGCCAUAAGACAUUUGCUCUAAAAUCCUAUUUAAAUAAACAUUUGGAAUCGGCAUGUUUGCGCGAGGAUGAUGUACAACAGCAGCAGCAGCAUGGUAACAGUAAUCUACCAAAUAAUCGUGGAUUGUAGCAGAAAGAAUUUGACGAAGGUAUCUCAUGCAGCUAGCAGAGACGAAGACAACAACAAUUCAACUGCCCAGAAUUCCAGGGGAAAAAUCAACAAGAAUACUCAUUAAUAUGGGAAAGGUUUGCCGUAGAAUAAUUAGUAAAAGUGCCAGUACCAGUAGAAGAGAAAUUAUCCUUAAUUAUAAUGAAACGUCCAGUAAUGUUUAAGGUAUAUACAAAAAAAGAAAAUACAAAAAAAACGUCGUCAAACGGUUUGACGUCUAUACAGACAUUCACAUACAUACAUACAUUCUAGUCACUCUAGUCGAUUAUAAAAUAUAUCUAUACGAUAGUUUAUUAUAGUACGGUUUCUAGUCACGCGAGAUCCAAUUCCCGAAUCGUUCGGUUAUUGGUUCAGUUUUCGAUUUUCAUUGUUAUGAUCCUAGGGAAAUUGGAUUUAAUCCAUUGUCUUGAUUACAAGUACGCGACAAUUCAUUCGAGAGCUUGACAAACGUUCGUUUCAUAUACUACUCUAUAGAACAAUCGUUCGGAUUUGUUUUUUCCAGAUUUGCAUUUUCAAGGUGAAAAAAUAUGUUAAUUUUAUUUCUUUCAAAAGGGAGAAUAGAAUUUUAAUGAUUUGCCAUGACAUUUAUAACUGAAAAUGGUAGUAAAUUUUACAAAAUUGACAAGAAAUUAAUUGGCAAUUAAUUUAAUAGCUCAAAUUUAAUUGAUCAAUUUAAUUGAAAUGAUCCACAUUUCGACCAAUAUUGUUAUUUACAAUAAUGCAAAUGAUUGUAGUUUCAAAAUUUUGAUCAAAAUUUGAAAUUGUAAAUGAUGGUGUAUUUUUUAGUUAUUGAAGCUAUCAAUUAAUUAACAUAAAGCUAUAUCAAUUUAUAAACUACCAGUAAUUGAAGAUAUUAAUUAUAAAAACUUUCAAUUUGCGAAACAAAAAAAAAAUUGUGCCUAGUCCUUAUCAAUAAUAAUAUUUCUAUCAUCUUUUUCAUGAAAAUGCAAAAAAAAGAAAAAGAAAUUCAAAAGUUUAAAAAAAAUUCGAACGUUUUGAUAGUUUUUUUUUGAUUGGAUAAUGUAAUGAAAGAAAAUUCAUAUACACAAUUUUAAACACGUAUAAAUGAGUGAUUAACCGACGAUACGUACACGCGAUUAAUUUAGAUGACAAUUUUUGAAUAUUGGGCUUAUAAAUAAUAUAAUAAUAUAUGAUAUAAUAUAUAUAUAUAUAUAUUGUUAUACCACAUAUUUUUUAGCGAGCAAUAUGAGGUGACAAAACACGUAUGGUCAAAGCAAUGUUUCGACACAACGAAUUAUAUAAACAUAGAUUUUUGCGAACAUCGAACAUAUUCCGAUUACAAUGUAAAUGAUAUAAUUAUUAUUAUUAUUAUUAUUAUUAUAGCUUCGGCAUGACAUUCAACAGUUGUGUCUCCCUUUUUUGAGGGGGGGAGGGGAAUAUUUUUAAUUUUUUUUAAAUAUUACAACUCACAUAAUUUAAUUUUUCAAUUUUCGAAAAUUAAUUAAUUAAUUUGUACUGUUAUUUAUAAAUAUAUUAGUUGAAAUAUUUUCAAUUUUGUUUUUUAGAAAAAUGAAAUUUUAAAAAAUUUUGACGAUAAAAAGAAUCUUUUUUUCUUUUAGGAACAAAAAAUUAAAAAUUAAAUUAUUCGAGUUGCGAAAAAGGGAGGCAAUAUUGCUAUCUUAAAUCGUUGAAGCUUCGAGAUCGCGCCAAGUUGCUAAAAGUGACAAUGAUCUCACCGGUGAUCUCCUAUAACCAAACUUUUAUAAAGCUAAAUAACAAAAAAAAAAGAAAUAAUAUCACUGCAUGUACAGUAGGUAAAUUAUUCGCCGCUAUAAGCUUUUAAUUUUUUUUAUAGAAUUUUUUGUUUGUUAAAAAACCUCAAGAGUCUCGGUACCAAUUUAUUCGAAAAACACUUUUUUUGAUAGACUAAGAGAAACACCAAAAAUAAUGAAAUUACCAUUUAAAUAGCAAAGAAAAAAUAUAAUUAACAAUGGUAAUUGUAAUACUCAAUAAAAAAAAAAAAACGUUUUGUGAUGUUCAAUUAUAUUAUAUUCUUAAUAUUAUACCAGAAUUGUAGUUUUAGGGCAUUAAAAAAUUUGUGAUAAAUUUCUAUAUGUCGAAUGUGUUUGUAUAAACGAAAAAAAAAAUACAAAAUACUCAAUGAGAAAAACUAUCAAAAUUAAUAUUAAAAAAAAUUUUGAUAGUUCUUUUUCAUGUGCUCAAAAUUUACGAAUACUCAAAAAUUCGUCUUAGAUUCUUAUAAAAUAGAGAUAAAAAAACAAUUUUUGUAUAUCAAACCAAAAAAAAAAGUUUGAUCUUGCCUUCUGAAUCGAAAAAAUAACUGUGUUUAUAUUAUACAUAAAAUGCAAAUUGUUAUAUACAAAGAUGAUUGCGAGGGAGAGAAAAAAAAAUAUUAUAGGAAAAAAGGUCCCGAGACUCCUGAGAAAAAUAUAUUGUUUUUUUUAUAAAUAUCCUGAGGCCGGAUUUUUCAUUUAAUCGCGCGAGAAAGUGCAAAAGAAAAAAAAAAUUGUGAGAAUGAGAAAAAAAAUUACAAAUUCAAAAGAUAGAUUUUAGACAUUAAUGCAAUAUUAUUACUUUAAAUAAAAGAAAUCGCGAUGAGCAAUAAAUAAUUGAUCUUUGAUUUUUAUUAAAUUUUUUUGGCAAAAAAAUAAUAAUAAUAAAAUAAACAUCGGAAAAACGUCAUUUUUUUUGUAAAUACGAGAGCAAUUAUUAUUAUUAUAUGAUUUUGUCAUUGUCAUC